AGGUAUUCUCAUGCCGGUGCUAUGUUGCUAUACAAAACGACGUUGUGCAAGCCCAGCAGCCAAAUCACCAGAACAAUGCAGACAAGGCACAUUUGGCAUGAGGUUGGCAAGAUUGGACGAGUUCGAAAGUUUGACACCAUUAAUGAUCGCAUCAGAUGGUGACGACCAAACAUCGCUACGACGUCACCGCAUUUCGGCAAUCACUUCGCGAAGUCCACCACCGCCAAGAUGCUUGACCAAUGGAAAAACAAUGAUCGUCCCAUUGAAUUCCAGAAAAGGAGGCGCAUUAUUUGCACCAUUACUUGCUACACCCGACAGUAAAGGUAUAUCAUUCGAGAAUGAUACCACGAAAGGUUGCAAUGCGAUAGUGGAAGAUAAUGAUAAUGUCCCGAUAUCCUCAAACCUGGAUAAAUUAGACGCGGAUUUUAUUUCUAUUGAUCGAACUACUGUAUCCUAUUUGGAACCAAGACAGCAAAGAAUUCAUCAAUGUGAGUGCGGUAUAUCGAGGCAGGAUAAAGCACCCAGCUUUGAAUUAUCAACUCCGAGUUAUGCACCACCACCAUUACCCGUACUUUUAGUCAAUUCACCACGGCUUGAACUACGAAAAGAGCUACCAGCGAUUAAUGAAACCAACAACGGCAGUCUUGAUAUUAAUGAUGGUGCGAAGACGAAUAAAAGCCCAAGCAUCAAUUCAAUGAACUCUCUUGGCAGCCCGCAAGAUUCAUCGUUCAGCACAGGGUCACCUCUAGACACGAGUGCUUCCAUUAGUGACAGUUUUUGUGUUGCUGGUGAAUGGGAGAUGAAUUUGGGAAAGAAAGGACGAGUUUACUCUCUCGAAACAGGAGUACAGCAGCGAAUUGAUAUGGAAAUUUAUGGAUUUUCUCCAGAACUAGAUUACUCAAUAUCUGAGCCUGAUUCACAGCAGAAAUAUAUUCUUCAUCGAAUAGAGGAAGAGUCGGACCAAAAUGGGGACAUGGAGAUAGCUGGCAUGGUAACAAGUCAAACGCUUGAUUCGAUCAAAUCAACGUUCACAUAUUUGAAUCAAGUAGAUUCCCAAUGCAAUAUUAUUAUACCGCAUUCUAUUUCUCAGCAGUUUGAACUAAUGAAUCAUCAUGAAUGUUCGUGAUGAAACGAAUUGGUAUUAUGUCAUUUUGACACGUUCUCGAGCAGUAAAGUUGUUUACUUGAAG